AAAUCUAUUUACCAUCAUAAUAAAUAAUUACAGACGCGUAAGAACAUGGAAUCUGUUAUAGACAUUGCAAAAAGUCUGAUUCAUGCUUUAAGAGACAAUGAUAUAAAUAAUUUUGAAGAAAUAUUAAACGAUGGAUUUGAUGUAAAUCAAGUAUUACCAGGAUUCAAUUAUAGAGAAUACGUAUUAUUGCAUUUAGCGUGUAUAUUUAACAAAGUAGCUAUCAUUGAUAUACUGAUUAAUAAAUAUCAAGCUGACGUUAACUUAGUAACGAAAUAUGGAGCUCAACCAAUUCAUUUGACGAUUCUUAUAUGCAUGGAUGGGGAUUGUGAAGCAAUUCGUCUUUUGCUGGAAGCUGGAGCUGAUCCCAACGCUGAAUUUACAUUUGAAAUGAUUUCAGUACUUGUUACAAAUUAUUCCUGGCCAGAUGAGUUUGGUGAUAAAUUAUCAUUUGCGUCAUAUGCUGCCGUUGAGGACAAGACAGAGUUGUUUGAAUUACUUACUAAUUAUGGAGCUGACGUUACUGUGAGAACCAAAGAUAAUAAAACUUUGUUGAUGGUAGCUUUAGAAAAUGAAAAUUACAGAACAGCAAGAGUCAUUGUCGAUAAAUUUUUAAAUAGUUAUCCAGAAUUAAUCAAUGUUCGUGAUAAUCAAGAUAAAAAUAUACUUGACUAUGUAUUUAAUGAUCGAGUCUGUCUAAAAUAUCGUUAUAGUGGCCGACAAUUAAAUUAUCUAAAUGAGAUUGUUAUGGUAAUAUAUUAUUAUUAUUAUUAUUCAAAAGAAAAUUAUGAUGAAAGGAUGAACAACGACGGGUAUACGGAACUGUGUAAUACUGCUUCUUACAGAGGUGUCUCUCAAUUAGUUUCAAAUUUGUUACGCUGUAAUCCCUCACGUACUGGAUCCAAAGCAUUGUCUAAUGCCUUGCUUCCAAUUCGGGAUACUGAUAAUUUGUUUUAUUGGUAUUCGUUUUAUCCAGAAGAAGAGAUAGAAACUAUUAAAUUAGAGAUCGAAAGAAGAAAAUUAAACACCGUUGAUUAUAGGAAAAAGAUUCAAGACUUUGAAUGUAAAGUUAUUUAUGGGUUGUUGAAAGAAACUGUUUUUAAAUAUGGAAAAAAAAGAGAAACUUUGUAUAAUUUAGCUGCUAAGAUUUUUAAUGAUAGAACUGUUAAACCGCUUGCGAAAAGUAAUAAACUUAUCAAGUGUCUCAAUAAGUAUCAACCUAGAGAUGGUACUUUACAAAUUAUUGUUGAUCAGAUGAGAAUACGACUUGAUUCAGUUAACAAAAGAAUUCGAUUGUUAGAAGAAUCUAAAAAACUUAGCAAAAUUAAUUGCAUAAUUCCUCUUCCCUAUGAAAUCAUAUUGGAUAUUUAUGAAUAUUUGAGUAAUUAUGAAUUGAGAAAUUUUAUUGAUUGUGUUCAAAAUAUCUAA